GGAGAAACGGGUCUCUCCAGCUCUAAUACUGAGCCAUUGUCACCCCUAAACUAUGGCCCGGGGUGUUCCAGCGCGCUCGGCACCCCCAGCCUCAUUCCUCAGCACCUCCGCGAAGAAGCUCUUGGCGGUUACGUCAGAGCCCAGCGAGAAGUGCAGGGCAAGCAAAUGAGCGCGUAAAGGAGCCGGUGGCAGGCAUUGGUGCCAGGAGGCUGCUCACUGCUCAGCGACCAAUGCCACAGUUCAGGCUCACUGCGCACUGCUCAGAGCACGCGCUCAGGCACCUCUCUCCUCUGGAGCUUUCCGCCGCGGGACACCGGACAGCCGGCUGGCUAGCGCAUGACAGCUCUGCGGCGUAAAGCCUAGACAGCGAGGGCAAACAAAAAUACAAACAAACAAACAAACAAAACUUCUCGACGAACUGCAGCCUGUCAUGUCGUUGCAGUGACAUGAUGAGGCUGGUAGGAAUUCCUGCAGGCACGCGUCGCAUCUUUUGACCAGCUUCUCUUAGAAAAAAGAAAAGAAAACAGAAGCAGCAGCAGAAUGCCCCACGCUCGCAACAGGAACCCCAGCCCCAUCCCGGAGGUGACAUGGGACACGGGGCUGAAGGAGAUGAACGAGACGUGGAAGGGGGCCAUCGCGUGCCUCGGUGUGGCCGUCUUCUUUGUCAUGACCAUUGGGAUCAUUUAUUGGCAAGUGGUCGACCAGCCCAACAAGAACUGGAUCCUGAAGGGGGGCUUCAGCGGACUGAUCUGGGAGCGCAGGGCGCACUCUCUGCUCAUCCAGACGCUGAGCGAGGACAAGACGUUCGUGGAGAUCGACGUGGGCAACGUGGGCACCCCGGACAUGGAGGUGCCCUUCGUGCGCAACCUGUGCUGGCUCAACAAAACCGAGUUCUGCUACACAUGGGACUCGGUGGCCGAGGUGAAGAUAUCUUUGGAAAUAGCUGACGAGUCAGAGACCGAGUGCUACAGCAUGACCUGGACCCCGGUUCACUGCCAUGUAGAGCUGAAGGACUGCUUCUCCAUGGUGAAUGUGUCAUGGUACGGUGGGGCUAGUGUCCGUGCACCCAGCUGGCCGAUAAACGAUGUGGAUGUUUCAAUGCAGUCCUUCAGAGUCAGCGACCUGAGAGACAAUCCCUCUGGCUUUGGCUCAGUUCUAGAGCGCUACUUCCUGGGCUCAUCAGGUGUGGCAGUACUGGUGUCUCCACACAUCCCGCUGCAUGUCGGGGUGCAAAGCAGGCAGCAGUUCUGUCUUCAGACGGCACCCGGUAUGGAGCGAAUGCCCCUGCAGUACACCGUCUGCGUCGGACAGAACGUCAAAACUGUCCAUCAAGAGGCAGUGCAACAGCUCUCUGUGCCCUUUCGAGAACUGCCCAACAUGAAUGUCUUACGGUUGCCUUUCUGGAAGCUUCCAGCAAAUGUGGACUCAGGGGUGAAGGUUGAGAGGGAGCUGAGAACCUUCUCUAACCGGCUGAAGAGGCACCACCUAGGGGAGGGGGUCAUCAGCCUUGACGAACAUUCCACGUCUCUCCUCUCCAACAUGGACCAUGACUACCUCAGUGGCAGGAGAAGAACGUUGAAGAGACAGACCAGGGACCUCCCUUUUGUGAAGCUUCUGAACAUUUCCGUAACCCUGUCCCCAUAUUUGAGUGUGGACUCCCAGCAGUUCCAGACCUCCAUGCAGGACGGGACGCAGGAUUACUGGCUCAGCCUGCCCUCCGGCCCUCAGGCUCGACUGGUUCCUCUGUUAACUCCGUGGAGAGGAAAGUAUUGUGUCAAGUUGAACAUCACUAACCCAGAAGCUAUCAGCUGGUUCUUGGAGAGAGUGGGCAGUCUGCACAGUCGCCUGGGGAUGGAGUAUGUCAUCUUGGAGGGGGGAGAGGGAAACCCCUUUGAGGAACAGGCCCUGCGGCCCCCUCCUGCCCUGACAGGAGAUGAAUACGUUGGUUUACUGGCAGGCCUUGCUGAGAGGAUAGGAGACAAUGCCAUUGUGAGUGCAGGAACAAGGUCCAGCCAUAAACCUCUGUUCAUCCGUAUGAGUGCACUGCAGUCUGACUGGAGCUAUGCUGGCCUCAAGGGCAUCAUUCCAUCCCUGCUGCAUUACAGCCUGCUGGGCUAUAAUUUCUUCAUUCCUGAUGCCGUAGGCGGUUCUCUCUCCAGUGAGCUAGUAACAGAUGAUGAGCUCUUCAUUCGUUGGCUGGGUAUCAUGGCCUUUCUGCCUGUUCUCAGUUUCCAGACACCUCCAUGGGCAUCUGAAGAUGAUAAGGUCCUUAACCUCACCAGAGUCUACAUAGCUAAGCACCAGGAAUUUGUGGUGCCUCUGAUAGAGAAAUAUGCAGAAGAGUGGCAGGUCAAUGGAAACCCCAUCUACCGUCCACUGUGGUGGGUCAGUCCUGAGGAUCCAGCCACGUUCACUAUUGAUGAUGAGUUUCUCAUCGGAGAUGAGGUCCUUGUAGCACCAGUCACAGACAAAGGAGCCUUGCAGAGAGACAUUUAUCUGCCAAACAGUGACUUUCAAUGGCAGGACAUGAACAACGCUAAAGUGUUUGAUGGAGGGACGCUUCUCCAAAGCUACCCUGCUGGUCUCGGAGAUGUGCCUGUAUUCAUACGGAAGACGUCCUGAGGCCAAACUGACUGGCUAUCACAAGGCUGAUUUUCUAUUUUUGAUUUCUUCACUUGUGCUGAUCUCGAGUUGCACUUUCCACAAAGACCACUUUCUGGGUCUCAAGGCACAGUCUUGAGAUUAUUUACAAGAUUAUUUUCUACUUUUGCACUUUACAAAUCAAAAUGAUUUCUACUUUCUCUUUAUUUUUAAAUCAAUUUGUUUUACUUCUCUGCUAUUUGUUCUGUUUAUUUGUGCAAUUCUUUAUUUUUUUUUUAUUGACAUUUCGUUUUCUUAGAGCUGUGGUUUACACUUGAGAAAUUCUUACAGCCUUAAAGUUGAACUGUUUCCACCUCAUAUAAAAUGGACUGAGAAAUCAAAACCUUCAUAUGCUUAAAAACAAUGAAUUUUCUGAAGAAGACCAAACAAUCAGUGAAAAGAGACUUCCUGCUGAGGAAGAAACUGUAUGGAGGAAGCUUUGCGCUGCUGUCAGGUGGAGUGGAAGCGUCUUUGAACCUCUCUCCUCUUGACUGAGCAGGCUUUUCACUUGGACUUUGCUGAUUACUUUGCUAUUAUAACUGUACCUCAAGCCUGUUGUUCUCUUUGUUAAAUGUGAAAAACUUUCAAGUGACAAACACAAAAGAACCCAAAAGCACUUACUACUAGAAAUAACAUCUAAGUUAAUGAUCAAACGUGGUGAUGCACAAAGCAACAAUGUGGUGCAGGAUUUGAACCACUCUCAGUAAAAUGGUAAGAGUCGACCAUCUUAGAUGGUAUAGUAGAUGGUUCACUUCUAAUAUCUUGAUAGCUGUACAGUCUUACAAUGGGAUACUGGCUAAAUUGAAUCUUUUCGAGAGUUUUUCAGAUGCAUUUGAUGUCACACAUUUUGCUCUCCAUGUGUUUUAUUUGUCUCUCCAUUUAUUUCUAUGUACAGUCAUCUAAUCAGUACUUUUUUAGGGACGUAUCGAUAUGGGAAUUCUGAGCCGAUGCUGAUAUCCGAUAUUUUCCAUGUACGUGCCAAUGCCAAUGAUGAUGGUGAUACAUAAACCUUCAUAAAACAUAAAUUGGGACUAAACGUUUAGCAUUAGCAUUACAGAGACAAAUAACAUUUCAUCACAGUCAGAACCAAACCUUGUAUCUCAAUUUUUGUCAUUAUUUACAAAAUUUGAAAAUGUUAGUCGCCACUUACAUUGUUUA